UAUAUGAACCUUGUUGUUACUUAGUACAAUGAAGCAUAUGUAGGCGGACAUGAUCAUGUAGAUCAGUCAGGCAGAACUACAAAUAGAAGGUCGGCGCCUAGAGUUGAUGGCAUCGCCAUGCAGUACUAAUGACACCAAACUAUCAGAAAGCUGAUGUUCUAAUCGAUAAUCUACAAAGGAAUUAUGCUAGGCUCUAUAGUUAGAGUUACUGAUACCCAAUGUCUAUUAUCCACAAGAAAAUAGUGUCAAUAUUUGUUUAAUGCACAAGUUAUCAUUUCCUUUCAAGUCCUGGCCACUGUUACAUCUCGCAGCCUCAUCGAAAUCGAUUACGCACAGUUUAUUGACAGUGAUUGUCUAAAAACACGCGCCUGCACCAAGGGGAGGGCAAGUGAUUAAGCGGUCGCACUUAUCACCGUAGCCCCCUGCUUUUGGCGGAAUCGAUGCGCACAAUUAAAACGCGACCGGCACGACAGUUGUAUAAAGAAGAUUUACAGCGUUCCGCUUUUGCGGUGACCAAUCCGCGCGGACCGUGGAGUGUCCAUCCAAAGGGGUUCAGGUUAAAAGCCACCAAAGUAUAAAAACCACCGGACAUAACCAGUAGCAGCAUCAGUUCACUUUCAACACUCUUCAGCGUAGUAAUAGCGUCGUCGGCGUGCCUUACUGGUCGUGUAGCGAACCCGUGUGCAAACCUGAGCAGCUCUCUUAACGGUCCAAUAUCUUUGAUAGCAAAGCCGUCCACCCCACCAAGCUUGGAACACAACUCGCGAACGCAAUGGCUGGUGAAAUGCUGCUGACAAGUUGUCUGGUUGCACUGUGUCUGGUGGUUCCCGGAUUAGAUGGAUCCUAUCCAAGUGGCUCCGGACAGGAAAACGUUUUCCCCCACGCUCUGAAAAACGUACACUCGGUGGAAGUCAGUGGCCAACACUACCCGGCAUCGCAGGAAAUCCACCAGCAUCAUCAGCAGCCGCAGCUCUUCCUGCCGCACCAGCAGUACGUGGUGCAGUCGACGUACAAUGUCGGUUCCCAUCAGGAACAUUCUCGCCAGCAGGGAAAGCAGCGCCAAACGGCCCUUCCGUACAAUAACCAGCGUUUGCACGUGAAAGUCGAACAUCCAGGCGCGGCGCAUGGUUUCGCUCAUCCCAUCACUCCUUCCGCUCAGCAUCUGCGCCAGCAGUUGCUGCAGGAACCGAAGAAGGACUACCGCUCGUACAUUCCGAAAAGCAUUGCCCCGAAGCUCAACCCUCUCCAUCCGUCGUUCCACCAGAAGCGUAACUUUGUGCCACUCCAUCACAUCACGCGACAGGUGCCAGUCCCGGCUGGAAAGGUGACUCAGGGACAGCAACACUCAUCCCACGGGCAGUCAGAGCCGGUUAAGGCUGCGCUAGCUGCUUCGCCGCCAAAGCACAUCGCAGGAUAAUUGUGCUAGCGAUCUCACACUGUUUA